AUGUCCACAGGACCCAAGCAGCCGGCGGAAGUAAUGGCCACAGCGGAAGUGGCACCAGUAAGGGCGGAAGCAGUGUGCCGGGGCCGGGCUGGGGUGCAGUCCCGACUGGGCUGCCGCCCACUCGGGGCUGCUGCGAUGGAAUUGAACGCCGAAUACCUCCGGGAGAAGCUACAGCGGGAGCUGGAAGCAGAGCAUGUGGACGUGGAGGACACUACCGUCAACCGUUGCGCGUCCAGCUUCCGAGUCCUGGUGGUGUCUUCCAAGUUCGAGGGGAAGCCGCUGCUACAGAGACACCGGCUGGUCAACGCGUGCCUAGCGGAAGAGCUCCCGCGCAUCCAUGCCUUUGAGCAGAAGACCCUGACUCCGGAGCAGUGGACCCGUGAACGACAGAAAUGA